GUGCGGCAGGCGAACCGCAGAGAGAGAGAGAGAGAGAGAGAGGGAUUUUGGGAGGGCACAGUCCUAAACUUAAAGAAGAGGGAAAUCCGCUAAAGUGACACGCGGCAAUGGUUUUAGCUCUCCGUAGGGCGCACUGACAUACUUAAUGAUGGCAGGACUUUGCGUCUCCCGCUGCUCUUGAGCCUUUGCCGCAACCUAAGGAUAAUGCCGGAGAAAGGCUGAAAACUACCGCAGCACUCUGCGUUUAAUCGCUGGAUCGAUUUCGGCCCACGAUAGAGAAACGGCGGAAUGUUUUUCUCCGUUAGACCGGAACAUCCUGCCGCGCGCCUACCCGAUAUUUAGAAGACGGGGCUAUAGAGCUCAAGCAGCGCGGUUAUUUUUGGUAGGCGAUUUGCGCAUUGAGAGAAAUGCCAUCAGCCGGGUUUUUCCCGUAGUCCCGCGCUUGUCCGUGUGGAAGUCGUGAUGGAAGACGCGGGAGGCUCCAAACACAGCAGGAGGACGUUUAUCGUCCCGGCCAUCAAAUCGUUUGAUCACUACGACUUUGCGAGGGCCAAAAUAGCGUGUAGCUUGACGUGGCUCGUGGCCAAAGCCUUUGGCUCAGAUUGUAUUCCAGUGGAGCUGGAGGAGCCAUUCUAUAAGGACCAAUAUGAGCAAGAGCACCUGAAGCCUCCAGUGGCAUCUCUGCUGCUGUCAGCGGAGCUCUACUGCAGAGCUGGCAGUCUGAUUCUGCGCAGUGAUGCUGCUCGACCCCUCCUGGGUCACAACGGGGUCAUCCAGGCCCUGGCUCAGAAAGGCCUGUAUGUCACUGACCAGGAAAGACUCGUCACUGAGAGAGACCUUUGCAAAACACCCAUCCAGAUGAGCUCCCACCUGGCGAUGAUUGACACUCUGAUGAUGGCAUAUACAGUGGAGAUGAUCAGUGUUGAGAGAGUGCUGACCUGUGUACAGAAAUACUCACCUUUCUUUCCAGAGGAAGACUUUCCUUAUGACGCUGAAGAAGCUGUGACCACCUGGAUUAACAAGGUUAAUGAAUACUUGAGAGAGACUAUGGCUCAAGAGCAAAGAGUAGGAAACACACUUGAGGCUAAACCUGCAGGCCAAAAGGGGCAGUUCAAGAAGGAGGACCCUAAAGCACAGCCUGCACUCUAUCUCCCUCUAGUGGACAACCUGCUGAAGGACAACACAGAUGGCUGUGCUCUGACAGCAUUGCUGCAUUUCUACUGCCCCAAUGCUGUGCCACUUGAAGAUAUCUGUGUGAAGGAGACGAUGUCACUGGCAGACAGUCUGUCCAACCUGCAGCUCAUCCAGGACUUCUGCAGGGAGAACCUGAAUAAUUGCUGUCACUUCACACUGGAGGACAUGCUUUAUGCCUCCAGCUGUAUUAAGAGUAACUACCUUGUGUUUAUGGCAGAGCUGUUUUGGUGGUUUGAAGUGGUCAAACCCUCUUUCGUUCAGCCUCGGACGCGUGAAUCUAAAGUUGAGGCAACUAAAAUGGCUCCCAUAACCAAACACAACCUGAUCCAUAGGCCACCAAGCCCUGACCCACUGAAGUCACCAAACACCACCAACUCAGCCAUGAUAAAGAGGUCAAACUCUCUGUCAUAUGUGGAUGGGUGUGUGGGGACAUGGCCCAAAGAGAAAAGGUCUUCAGCCCAUGGUAUCUCAUUUGAGAUUCCAUUUGAUGACCCUAUGGCUUGUAUGCCAAGUCAAGGGUUGAGUCGGUCUGCUAGCUCAGAGGGCCUGGGGUUCAAAGUUCCCAACUCAGCACGGGGCAUGCGCCGGAACCUCUCUUUCCAACCCGUUAAUGGAAACACACACACACCGUUACAAGAGGAAGAGGAUGAUGACAUAACAUCACACCAUGGUCCUGUCAGGCCUCUUGUUAGAACUGACUCUAGGUACUCAAAUGGAGUGCAUCCAGAUGUCACUAGCCCCCAGCCUCCGACUCCAACUAUGGAGGAGGCUCUGAAGAUCAUCCACAACUCAGAGUGUUCUCACAGCAGUCUGCGUCCCCCUGUUGGUGAAAAUGCCUUUUUCUUGCACCCCCCUGAAGCCCAGGGCCCUGCUGCUGCUAACUCUGACUUGCAAGACCCUAAGGACAGUCUGUUUGAAGCCCGGGUUGAUGAUGGACAGCUAAAUUCUACAUCCACAGAAAUGGAUACAGGAAUUCAUGUUCGCACUGAGGACAUCCAGGAUGGUCAGGAUGAAGACUCAUCUUUAAAGGACUACUCUGAUAUGGACCAAGAUUACGAAGCCCGUUCGUGCCCAUUACCUGAUACCAGUGGCAGUUUCAGCCCUGUGCCAAGUCUACAGGGUCCGCGUUCACUGGCCGCAAGCUCCAGCUCCUCAAUUGGAUCCUUUGCUGUGCGCAUGACAAGUUUUGCUGAGCAAAAAUUUCGCAAGCUCAACCAUGGGGAGGGUCGGAGUGGUGGAAAUACACCCGAAAAUGAUAUAAGCACCACACCUGCUAGGGCAGUAGCAAGGUCUGAUGCACCUGAUGCCAGAAGUCCCAGUCAGGCCAGUUCACCCCGUGACCCAUCUAGCCUGUUAGUAUCUGAGAUGGUGCAGUUGAAGAUGAAGCUUGAGGAAAAGCGGCGAGCUAUUGAAGCUCAAAAAAAGAAAGUGGAAGCUGCUUUCACACGUCACCGACAAAGGAUGGGUCGCACUGCCUUUCUCAACAUUGUUCGCCGCAAAGGAACCAUCUCACCACUAGAGGGUGAUGGUGGCAGUUGCAGAAGUCUAGAUGAGAAGCAAAACAUUCAACCACAACUUUUGAAAACAAACGAUAGCAGCUCUCAAUUAGUGAGGUGCAAGCCCGAUGGGGCACCACUUAAAUUGACCCCAGAGGAAGGAGGGAGUUCAGAGAUGGUAGACUUGGCAGAGUACACACGCUCGAUCGAACGCCUGAAUGCAUCGCUGAGCUUCCUGCAGACAGAAAUGCAGCGCCUGGCACAGCAGCAGGAACAUAUCAUGCGUCUACGUGAGCAGCAAUCCUGGGUGAUCUCACCUCCGCACACGCAAAUGCAAACUUCAUUACAGAAACACCUGCGUGAGCUGCGCAGCAGUAGUGUUGUGUGUCGUGGAUCUGUGGGGUCUCUUUCCCCAAAUCUAUCCUCCGCAGGGUCGCCCCGUACCACUCAACGCUCACCUGCCCCCAUAAAGAGAAAGUCUGCUUCAUUCCAUGCCAGAACACCCCGUACUCCACGCCCAAGUGAGCUGAAAGUCACCCCGUUUAGUCGGAUGUUAAACACUCCACAGUCAGUGGACAGUCUACCGAGGCUGCGCCGGUUCUCCCCUCGACAAACACAAACUAGUUCUUUUGCGUACCUGGGACAUGACGAGGGACCUAGAGAUGAGAAUAAUACAAAUAAAGAGGAAGUAAAUGCACCAGCAGUGGGGUCUGUAGAUAAGCAACCUGACACAGAUGCAGAAAAGAUUUCUGGUGUUGCUCUGUCCAGCCAAGUCACAGAGAACCAAGAAGAAAAAGAUGAGAAAGAGAAGAAAAAAGAUGGCGAUAUGAAAGAGAAACCAUCAGAAGAAGCCAGACCCAUCAAGACAACAGCAGCAUUUCAGGUUCAGUCACAGGCGGUAAUUGAGCAUUUGGACAUGAUAAGUACAGAUGACACAGGGGAAGGUCAGGCCCAGGUUAGGAAGGACCUAAUUGAGGUGCCUCUCUCUGAACUGAAGCCUCUGGAUGAUCAUGAACUGGAAAGUGGGAAAGUGACGGAGGGCAGGGUGGAGAAGAUGUGUUGUGGGUUCUUCUACAGGGAUGAUCAGAAAGGUGAGGAAGACAUUGCACAAAAAAGAGCAGCUCUCCUGGAGAAGAGGCUAAGGAGAGAGAAAGAGAUGCAGACAAAGAAACGGCUACAGGAGCAAGAGAUUGAGCAGAAGAAGGAAAUGUCAAGACUGAAAGCAGAAGAGGAUCGCCAGAAGAAGGAGGAGGAGAAGGCAAGACGGGAGUUCAUCAAAAACGAGUAUUUGAGGAGGAGGCAGCUCAAACUGAUGGAGGACAUGGACAGUGUCAUUAAGCCCCGUCCCCCAAGCAUCAAACAGAAGAAACCCCGUCCCAAGUCUAUGCACAGAGAUAUCGUGGAGUCUCCUAAACCAUCUGCUCAGACAUACACAGGGUCCCGCCCUCGGGGAUACUCUGUCUCCAGUAUAUCACUUGCCUCACUUAACUUGGCAGACAAUGAAAGUGUCCAAACAGACAAGAGGAUGUCCAGGCGCAGUAAAUUUUCUCCAGGCAAUCUGUGUUUCUUUUUGAGCUCUGCAAAAGGGGCAAAGGCCAGACCAGAGACAGCAGAUGGUCAGUUGUCACCCUGUCCAUCAGUAAACCGGAAUGGUGAGAACUGGGAAAACGAAUCAACAUCCUCGGCAGCAUCUAACACAGAAUACACAGGGCCGAAGCUUUACAAGGAACCCAGUGCAAAGUCUAACAAGUACAUCAUCCAGAACGCACUGGCUCACUGCUGCUUGGCAGGCAAAGUCAAUGAGGGACAGAAGAACAAGAUACUAGAGGAAAUGGAGAAGACAGAGUCUAACAACUUCCUAAUCCUGUUCCGAGAUUCGGGUUGCCAGUUCCGCGCACUCUACACAUACUGCCCAGAGACAGAGGAGAUCAGCAAGCUGGCAGGCAUCGGCCCCAAGGCCAUCAUGCCCAGGAUGAUAGAGAACCUGUACAAGUACAGCUCAGACAAGAAGCAAUUCUGCCACAUCCCAGCCAAGACUAUGUCAGCCAGCAUUGAUGCCAUUACCAUCUACAGCCACCUCUGGCAGACUAAGAAGCAGAGCACGCCCAAAAAACUGCUUAAGUAAAGCAGGUGGAGCACAAGGAAACAUGCAUUAAACAUCUCACUGGAGUUCUGGUUGGGACUUUGUGACUUUACAGUAUCACUGUUUAGAUUUUUCUUCUGAGAGUGAAAAGAAUGACAUAAUUUCACUACAAUAUUACACACAGCUUGAAUGUAAAUAUUGAAGAUGCAGGACUGGUUUAAGAUGAGCUGAGAGCGAACACAAUAUAGCUUGUCUGCAUGUGGCGUGUGGGUGUGUGUGUGAGUGCCAAAGCCGCAGGUUACACAGCCUUGCUUUUUACUUGUUUUUACAUUUUCUCUUGCUAACACUAAACUUGGUUGAGUGUGUGCAUUGGUGUAUUAUCAUAAAGAGACAUGGAGGGAUGUUACAAUUAACAUUUAAAGAUCGUAACAUAUUUAUGAAGUGUCAUUUUGUAUACUGGAACCUAAGCACCUGACUCUCUGAGUUCGCUGUAUGAAUUUAUUUAUAUUUUGGUAAUUAUCUAUAAUUAGAAGUUGGUGCAAAAUAGCUUCUACCAGGUAUGAGUAGUGUGAUUGUAUAUAAUGGCCUUUAUUUUCAUCUGAAUGAAGAUAUUAUUUUGCUUGUACGCAUCAUUGUGAGGCCUUUGUGAUUUUAAGGAAGUCAGCAUGGAUCUACCAUUUUAAGCUGCUAAACCAUAUCAUUCACACAAACUAUGUCAUGACCGAGUAACAAUCCCUAAAGUGUAACAUUCUCAGUUUAUGUAAUAUGUUCAUGUAAAAACAUACUGGUAUCAUUUCUUAUAGUGACACAGCUGACAGCUUGAAUACUUUGCGUUGACAAGUUACUAUUAAAAUUAAAAUAAUUAUAGACUAUAGUACGAUCAUGCUUCCGUACCAAUGCUGCCGAUAUAGAUAUAAAUUUAAAUAACAAAGUCUAAAUAACUUUAAGUAUAAAGUGCUUUCCCAAGAGCUGUUGCAUUUUUACAAGCUUUGUAUCAAGCAUUGCUUUUUUUAUAUCUUCAGGUUCAAAAGAACCAAAAUAUGUUUUUAUUUUUCUCUAGCAGAAUAAAUCAUCCAUCAAAUUUAUUAGAGCUGUACAUAUAGUUUUGCAUAUUAAGCCUAUUUUUAAAGCCAUUGGAUAUUAAUGAUAUUUUUCAUAUUAACUAGAAAGUGCUUUAACUUUGGAAGGUAUUGUGGGUUAUUGUUGCCAAGGAGCAAAGCUGCAGUGAAUCUGUGGGUGUUUCUCAAUACAAGAUUGCAUAUACUUGUAUUUCUGGGAAGAAUGUUGCCAGUUUCAAACAAACUUGCACUGACAGAGAACAAAACCACUUCACUAUGAGUGGGAGGUGCUCGAUACUUAAUGUAACCAGCUUCUGGUGAACUAUUGCUAGCUAAACUGGGUACUGGAGUACCCAGUUCCCUACCAAGUUGAAAGUUGCAUCAUCACUAUGUUGCAUUUAAAGUCUUUAUUUUAAUUCAAUUUGUUCCUGGUGCCAAGACCCAAACUACUGCGUCUUCAUCAUCAAUAUUUGGGGGGAAUCUGGUAUUUUAGCUGUUCAGUAUUUUUACCAUUUUCAUACUUACAUUCUUAUUGGAAAAUUCACUUGCAUUUAAGUUGAACCUUGGCAGUGGGUGAAGUCAAAUAAGGAUGCUUAUUGAGAAAGACCCUUUAACAGCAUGAAAAAACUGCAUUCUACCUUUCUAAGUAUUAUUUUUAAAUAGAAUGUCAGCUCUGGUCUGUACCUAUUGUGGAGUAUUAUUUUGAUAUGCAAUUUACUAGAGUUUCAGUCAUAGCCUAUGUAACAGCUGAAUGUUCAGUUUUCCUGUUCCAUCAUUCCUCAUUGUUGUGUGUGUUCAUAUUGUCCAUGUGUUGUAUGUCUAUUCUUUAUUGGAACACCUGUUAUCCUGUAUGGCUUUACAAAUACAGAUUUUCAUCCAAAUAUUA